UCUCUCUCUCUCUGAUGCUGGGCGGAUCAGUGUGAGUGGCGGUGCGCGGCCGGGCUGCAGUGCUGCCAUGUGUCUCUCCGCGGCACCGUGAAGCGGAAUCAUGGGUGACCGGAAUGAGCGAGGCCCCUCCACGCGCCGACGGAGAACCACCAUCUCCGGAGAGGCGACGGGGGCGAGCGCGAGACAGGCGAACGGGGGCAAAGCGAGCGGCCCCGGCGGGCAGGGGGAGCAGGACGCGCCGGGGUCCGCGCGCAGACACAAGGGCAGUAACGAUGUUAAGGACAGACUGAGCUGCCAUCGGCUACAGGAGUCUCUGCUCAGCUCAGAGAGUGGCUACAGCAACUACAGAGGCAUCCUCAACUGGUGUGUGGUCAUGCUGGUUUUGUCCAAUGCACGCCUUUUCCUGGAGAAUCUUAUAAAAUAUGGGAUACUUGUAGACCCAAUCCAGGUGGUCUCUCUUUUCUUAAAAGACCCGUACAGCUGGCCUGCUCCAUGCCUCAUCAUCGCGUCCAACGUGUUCAUAAUGGCAGCUCUGUACACGGAGCGGAGGCUGGCUGUGGGUACCAUCUCAGAGGGUGCUGGAACAUUCCUUCAUUUUGUCAAUCUCAGUGCCGUUUUGUGCUUUCCGCCAGCCACCGUCCUUACAUUGAGCUCCAUGACCCCCGUGGGUGGGGUCUUUGCACUGGGGGUCUACACCAUCCUCUUCCUGAAGCUCUUCUCCUAUAAGGACGUCAACAAGUGGUGCAGGGAAAUCAGGCAGGCCACGGCCCGCAAGCUGUCCCGCUCUAACUCCUGUCCAUCUGUUCACCGGGCCAAUGGCAGCGCAGUACACAGUAAUGUGACCUACCCAGGAAAUCUCACUCACAGAGAUAUUUACUACUUUAUCUUUGCCCCUACACUGUGCUACGAGCUCAACUUCCCCCGAUCUACUCGGAUACGGAAACGCUUUCUGCUCAGGAGACUAAUAGAGAUGCUAUUUUUGAUGCAGUUACAAGUUGGACUGAUACAGCAGUGGAUGGUUCCCACAGUUCAGAACUCAAUGAAGCCUUUUCAGGACAUGGACUUAUCCAGGAUGGUAGAGCGCCUCCUGAAGCUUGCUGUCCCCAAUCACAUGAUAUGGCUCCUCUUUUUCUAUUGGUUUUUCCACUCAUCCAUGAACUUCGUGGCUGAGCUGAUGCAGUUUGGAGAUCGGGAGUUUUAUAGAGACUGGUGGAACUCAGAAACAGUCCCCUAUUUUUGGGCCAACUGGAAUAUCCCUGUUCACAAAUGGUGCCUCCGACACUUUUAUAAACCCAUGCUGAGGAAGGGUGUGAACAAGCUGGCGGCCCAGAUCGCUGUGUUCCUGGUCUCUGCAUUUUUUCACGAGUACCUCGUGAGCAUUCCACUGAAGAUGUUUCGGCUCUGGGCAUUUAUGGGAAUGAUGGCCCAGAUUCCUCUUGCCUUAUUUGUGGGACGGUUCUUAAGGGGUAACUACGGCAACGCUGCAGUCUGGAUCUCCCUGAUCAUUGGUCAGCCGAUCGCCGUGUUGAUGUACGUCCACGACUACUACGUGCUUCAUUAUGGAGGCGUGUCAGAGGGCGGGGCGGUCUGACUUUGCAAUAAGCGGGAGAUGGACAUAAAAGUACAACCUAUUUUUAAAAGGGAAUUACAGAAGAUUUUAUAGGGAUAUUUUUACCUAAAUUAAAAGCAGCAACAGAGAAAAAACUACAGCGUCAACGCCAGCAGGAGACAACGCCCUCUUAUAAUGCACUUUAUAAGCGCAAAGAGAGAGAAAAAGAUAGAAUGAGAGAGAGAAAGAAAGAGAGAGAGAGAGAGAGAAUGUGCAAACGUCCUGAAACACUGCCCAGCCAAAGCGACACAGCAUUGUAAAGCUUUUUUACGUGUUUUCUACUUGAAUUUCUCACACAUUGAAAAUGAAAUUUAAAUUUUAUUAUGGCACUCAUCAGGACCUCCCCAGGAAAGGAAGAGCAAGAGUUACCUCUGUUGCCUAUUGUUGGUAAGUUCAUCAGAGUUACCAGCCUCAGAAACCGCAAGUUAACAGCUCCCCAGAUAAGAGCAUCUAAAUGCUUCACUGAGUAUUUUUUAGGUUUGUUUUUUAACACUUUUUAAAUUUACUACAGUACAAAUUUCUGUAUGGGUACAUGCAUAUUGCUAGGCUUUAAACAGGUACAUUUUAAAUAAUUUAAAUGGCUUUAACUUGUCAUAUCAUCCACUAUUAUAUAAAAAAUAUAUAUAUAUAUUAAUUAAUUACGAUGAAAGAAUAUAUUAUGUUGUUAUAUUAAAUGAAAACCAAUGAAUAUAUCAUUUCACCAAGUGAUUGAGUUUUAGCAUUCAGUGUCUACUGUUUUAUGUUUUUGUGUAAAUGUGCCUCAAAAACAGGAAUCGGAUCACAGGCUGUAGUUUGGAAGUUCACUCAGGCCGUGCAAUAUGUUGCCAAAUAUGUGUUCACUAAAUCAUGCACAGUAUUGACAUACUUGUUAUAUUUAGACAUUUUUAGAAAUGAUUUCCACAGUUCAGUACUAUAUGUGAUUAAUAUUAAAUGCAGGAUACUGUGAGAGUUUU